AUGCCGAAGAAAUUUACGGGUGCUAAUCAAAAAUCUGUGGUUGCGAAAGCCAAGAAGAACGAGGUCAGGGAAGUUGAACGGGCGAAAGAGUUGAAAGCAAAAGAAGAUGCCAAGUGGAUGGAAGAUGACGCUAAAGUCUUGAAGAAGCUACAAAGGAAAGUAUGUAUUUUGACUUAUUUUCUUUUUGGUUUAGAGUGUUGUAAAGAUGUUCAAUAUGGAUUUAUUUUCUUACACGGUUUUCUUCAGGAAGAACAAGAACAGAAACGUCUAGAAGCCCAAGCAAAGAAGCAACAGAACAGGCAGGCUUACGAAGAAGAGUUGCAGUCCAUCGAAAGAGAAAAAACUGCACCAUCUAAGAUCACCAAAGCUCAGAUCGAAGCAAUUGUCAAACAAGAAAAGGCCGAGCAAGAAAGAGAGCGUCGACUAAGAGAAGAAGAAGCCAAGAAGAUUGUGGUAGAAGACCAUCUACAGGAAAACUUGAAUAGGUUGAAUGUGGGUGAAGUGGCAAGGACUGUUGAUGACGCCUUGAAACUUUUGGGUGAUAAGGCUGCUACUGAGCCCCAGAGGAGUUUGAAGACCGCUUAUUCAGACUUCGAAGCUCGUCGAUUGCCUCAGCUGAAAGAUGAGAAGCCUACUUUAAGGUUGUCCCAACUCAAACAACUUUUGAAAAAAGAAUGGCAGAAAUCACCGGAGAAUCCACUAAACGAGAAGAUUAUGGGAAUCAUAAAGUAA